UGCGGGAAGCGCUUCAAGAAGAAGACCCACUUGGCGUCCCACCAACGCACCCACACGGGCGAGCGGCCCUACCGCUGCGGGGAGUGCGGGAAGGCCUUCGGGCAGAGCUCCACCCUCAUUGAGCACCAGAGGACCCACACGGGUGAGAGACCUUUCCGCUGCGGCGCCUGCGGCAAGAGCUUCUGCGUCAGCUCCAACCUGGUCAAGCACCAGCGCAUCCACACCGGCGAGAAGCCCUACGGCUGCGGGCGCUGCGGCAAGCGCUUCCGCUACAAGCCCCAGUUCACCCGCCACCUGAAGGUCCACCCCGACGGGGACCCGGCAUGUGGCCCGUAG